ACUAGAACCGGAAGUUGUAAGCAAGUGGCAUCAUUCUCUCAGAGCAACAACAGACGUGAGAGCAGCUUCACCAGUCGAGCUGUUUGUGUCGUUGAUCAGAUUUUCGAGAUGAAACACAACUCGAACGUCCCCGCUUUCCUCACCAAGCUGUGGACGCUGGUGGAGGACGGAGACACCAACGAGCUGAUCUGCUGGAGUCAGGAGGGCAACAGCUUCCUUGUGUUGGACGAGCAGCACUUUGCCAAGGAGAUCCUCCCAAAGUUCUUCAAGCACAACAACAUGGCCAGUUUCAUCAGGCAGCUCAACAUGUAUGGAUUCCGCAAAGUGAUGCACAUUGACACAGGCAUUGUGAAACAGGAGAAGGACGGUCCAGUGGAGUUUCAGCACCCUUACUUCAAACAUGGACAGGACAACCUGCUGGAGAACAUCAAGAGGAAGGUUUCCAACACUCGGCCAGAGGACAACAAGAUUCGACAGGAAGACCUGUCCAAGAUCUUGGCGAGUGUUCACAGUGUUCAAAGCAAGCAGGAGAACAUCGACGUCGGGCUGGCCACACUCAAGAGGGAGAAUGAAGCUCUGUGGAGGGAGAUCUCAGAUCUGAGACAGAUACAUGCCCACCAACAACAGCUCAUCAAAAAGCUGAUCCACUUCAUCGUCACAUUGGUACAGAACAACCGCGUCCUGAAUUUAAAACGCAAAAGGCCAGUUCUCAUGAACAGCAACGGAAAGAAGCCCAAAUACAUCCAUCAGAUCUAUGAUGACAAAGUGUGUGUGGAACAGUCGUCUGUAAACAGUGUGAAGGGCUCCGAGAUAUCGGAUGACGUCAUCAUCUGUGACUUGACUGAGAGUGAUGCUGAGGUGGCGGCUGAGAUCACAGAAGGCUCACCCAGAGCCUACGAGCAAAGUGAUAUAGAAAUCGUGGAAGUAGAGCUGGACAGCUGUGCGGUGCUGGAAGCUGAGACGGAGGUGAGCACCACCCGCACAGAUGACAUCAAACAGUCAGAGGCUGGUGGGUCAGCAGCAGCAGCAGCAGCAGACGACAGCAGCGGAGCAACCAGCAGCGCCCUGCAGCUCAACAAAGCCUCAUACCUGAGUCUGGAGGACCCCGUCAAGAUGAUGGACGCCAUACUGAACGAGAACGGAGCAAUAUCACAGAACAUCAACCUGCUGGGCAAGAUGGAGCUGAUGGACUAUCUGGACAGUAUUGACUGCAGUCUGGAGGACUUCCAGGCCAUGCUUUAUGGAAAACACUUUGGCAUGGAUUUUGAUACCCUCGAGUUCCUCUCCAUGUGUCUUCAGGAGAGUGUGUCCUCCAAAGAGAACAGCACACAGCUAAACAAAGGCAGGACAGAGGAAGUCAACACAGAUAAGCAGUUGAUCCAGUACACCACUUCCCCCCUGCUGGCCCUCCUCGAUAGCUGCCUUACUCACCCAGAGCUGGAUCUGGGCCCCGGCAGCAGCAGCAGCAGCAGCUCCUAUAACACCCACCUCCAGCCCUCUUCCAGCUCUGGUGCUUCUGUGGAGUCCGAGCCGCCCUCAGAGCUCCUGGACUCCAGCCCGGAGUUGAAGCAGUCGGCCCGCAGCUCCCUGAUCCGCCUGGAGCCUCUGACGGAGGCCGAGGCCAGCGCCGAGACGCUCUUCUACAUGUGCGAACUGAGUCCCCCUGGACCGGAGGUCGACGCCACCCUGCUGGACAGAGUGUGAGCAGGAAGGGAACCGGCGUGACGGCGAUGUUGGUCCUCUACAGACUACAGACAGUCCUGACAUCGUGUGUUAAUAUUCCCUCACCUCUCUGGCCUGAGGGCUGUUUGUUGAGAAGCAGUAACAGAAGUGAAGAAAGCACCAGUUCUGCUGGAAGAACAGCUGCAGUUUGUUCCAUGUGCACAUUUUUAUGUUUUAAGACUUUUGCAUUGAAGAUAACAUUUGAGUUACAGACAUAAGCCACAUUUUCAUUAAAUAUAAUAAUAACAGUUUAACAAGCUCUGGCAGGUUAUUAACCCUUUGAACCUAACGGAUGCAAUUUGUGUGGAAAAAUUGCACCACUUAUUCUCAGUCGAGUCAUAACUCGGUCAGAAGAGAACGCACACACAUCAUACACAUACUGUACAUACAGAUGUGUAUGUGUCCAUAAACCUCAUAGAAAUCAUAGAAAAUGCAUGUUCCUCAUAUCUUCAGAUCAUAAUCACCAGAUUGAUCUUCUGCAUCAACAGUAAGCCAACUGAUUGUUGUCAUGGGAACCUCUGGACUUACUGGCAACAUUAUACUUCCUGAUUACAUCACCCAAAGCAUGAUGGGAAGUGUAGUACCAAAACACAAAUCAAGUGACAAAACCCAUGAAAAUAAUAAUUUGUUCUUUUGAUUUGGCUCUAAAUGUCUCCUCAUCCCUGGAACACCGACACUGACUCUGUCCAUUUAUAGAGACAUAUUUACUGUGUUGUGUGUUUAUGAACAUACAGGCAAAAAGUUGUAUUUGCAUUUUUCAUCCAAACAGUCCUGCAUGUAUAGUAUCACUGACCAUAUUCUGAGAAUAAUACAGGGAGAGAGAGAGAACUUUAUUUCCAUAACUUUAAUAUUUUCUUCAACGCAAUGCUCUCAAAUGUAAAAAUGGCUUGAUAUGCACAAACUGUGGCGAGUGUAAGCACAGGACGCUCUUACAUGGACUCCCAGCACAACGCUUCAUCUUUGGCCUCCUCUCCUCUUCAGUAUC